AAUACGAAUGAUGAUAAGUUUUUCUCAAGCCUUCCACAUUUUGCUCUCACUGUUGUUCAAACCUGGACAUGUAAGUAACACCUCCAUCAGCGCUGCUGAACCAACAUUCAUCUUUUUGUACAUGGAGCGCCGAUGAGGGUGCUGUCAGUCUCGGGCAGUUGGUUGUAGGCCGUGAACAUAGCAAGCCCAAAAUUACGCACGGGAAUUCCCCUAAUUAUGGGAGCUCGAAACCAAAAAUAGCGCCUUGGAAUUUCCAAACACGGAAGGGUUGCACAACGAGGAGGAAGGAAAAGUCUACGAUCGAGAAAAUGGACAUUUUCUAAUUGAAGAGAAGAAGUAUCGCUCUACAAAACGUAAACGUGUGUUGAUGUCUCAACAGUAGACGAAUGAAGGAAGCGGAUCAUGGCUAGCCGAGGUGGGAGGGUUAUCUCAGAUGAGUCCCUAGCAAAAACAGCCUCGGCACUUGGAGACACCUGGCCGAGUCUUGCUGAGCACCUUGGCUUCGAUCAGGAGGAAUGUCUGUCCAUCAAAGUGGCAUAUUUGGGGGAAGUCAAGGAACAAGCCCGGCACAUGUUGACGGCAUGGACGAAGAGAUACACCGGCGAGGACAUGGAAGGAUUCCUCAUCGGGGCUCUGAGGAGGAUUGGACGGUACGACCUGCUCGGAGAUCACGGUGCAGAGGUUUUUGAUGACUCUUUGCUGGUGCCUUUGGCUGAUGCGCUUGGAGAAGCCUGGCCGACAUUGGCUUCAAAUCUACACAUAGACGACCAUCAGAGUGCAAGCAUCGUAGGGUCAUUUGACCAAGUUCACGAGCAGGCCCGACGCAUGCUGUCGGUGUGGAGAGAAGACUACCCAGGCAGUGACAUGAUUGGUCAAUUGACCAAGGCACUGAAGCGAAUGGGGAAGUAUGACCUGCUGAAAAUAAUAGGGAUGGAAAUUGUGGACGAAAGUUCUCUCCAGAGCCUGGCGGCAGAACUUGAAGGAGAAUGGACGGAGGUAGCAGAGCAUCUUGGGUUUGACGAUACCGAUUGUGGCAGCAUCAACGCCGCUUACCCCGAAUGCGGCAAGGAACAGGCUUGGCAGAUGCUUGAAGCCCUGUUGGAGCGACACGAUGGGCUUGUCAAGAUUGGCGAAUUGAAAGGCGCCCUCAAGAAAAUCAAGCGGAACGAUCUGCUGAAGUUUCUGGGUGAGGAGAUUCUGGAGACAACCACUAUCAGCAAGAUUGCUAAGGGCCUGGGUGAAUCCUGGCCGGAUAUGGCCCUCUAUCUCCUGGAUGAGACCCAGUAUAGUAAAGCAAUGACGGAGAACAGUUCAGAGCCCUGGCAGCAGGCCGAGGAGAUGCUGGAAAUUUGGAGACAAAACUUCAAGGGCAAUUAUCCCGUGGAGCACUUGGGCAGAGCCCUGAUAAUGAUUGACCGCCAAGAUCUAGCUCAAGAACUCGUACCGUCGCAACAGCUUCAACCGUGUGGACGAUGCGACAAUGCAAAUCCCUUCAAGAUGCGAAGAUACAUCAGCAAGGACUACGAAGGUUGUACCCGUGUGAUUGGUCUUUGCUGCGCCUCAUGCGGCAAGGAGUGGCUCUCAGAGCGCUUCUUGUUUCAUCCAGACGUGAACAACAAUCGCCCGUGGGUGAAACUCGAUGGGGUCGUGCUGAAGGAACAACUAGAGGUACCCGUGGAGAAAAACCCGGUCUUUCAGGUGAAGGACUGUCGCACCAAGAUUGAAUACUUCGACGACCUUAGUCAUUACUUAAAGGUAGGGGAUCAUAUCACGUGGCACCGCCCUUGGGGCAUAUGGCACCAUGCAGUCGUGUUUGGCCUCAGUGAUGAGGUUGGAAAAGUCAAAGUUAUUCAUUGGAAUAAACCAAACUGCAGCGUUUCGAUGCAAAUCGUUGAAGAAGAGCUUGACUUGCGCAAGGAGUGGGGUGUCACGUUUCGAAUCGAUUAUCCUGACGAGAUUACCGCGGCUAACACGUCGGAGCUGGUUAUUGCCCGGGCCGAGUCGCGAAAGGGGGACAUUGGUUACAAUCUGCUCGGAGAUAACUGCGAAGCGUUCGCGUCUUACUGUAAGACCGGGAUUGCGGAGAGUUGCCAGCUUGUCUGGCUGUACCACAAAUACAAGGAAAUUGUGGAAAAAACGCUGGCUCAUCUUGUGAACGGCGUGUGUGGGGUUGGGUUUAGUCUCGUCAGGAAGAUCGCUAAUGAUGCGCUGGCGGGGGGAGCAACAGCUGUGGGGGGAGCAACAGCUGUGGGGGGAGCAGAGUUGAUUGAGCAGGUCUUCGACAGAUCUAACUGGGUAGGGGCGGGUCUUGUGUUCGCUUUUGAAGGUUAUGUGUGUUACUGGGACCUCAGCAAGGUGUAUGAGAAAAGAAAGUCAGGUAGCAUUUCUUUGAAAGAUUUCAUAGAAACUGCUUCACAGCAUGUGAGCGAAGCACUUGUCGGUGCUGGGUUCGCUUCAUUGAUAGGCAUAGGGCUGCAGGCUGCUGGUAGUUUCAUUUUGCCUGGAAUACUUUCGCCAGUCGGUGCGUUUCUUGGAAGUGUAGUGGGAGGCACCUUGGGCUUGAUUAUCGGGAAACCCCUGGGCUCCAUUGUGGGACCCUUUCUAGGCCGUACCAUAACUUCGGCUAUGGGGACCGACGACAGGGCAGUGGAGAGAAUCGAGGACCUGAACCCGGGAGACCAAGUCGUGUUUUACAGCAAGCUGCUGCAUCCAAGACACCACGCCAUAGUGGUUGACCAGUUCCCAGGCUCGAAGAAAGUCCAAGUGGUACACAACACCUACGAGCAGGGUGUGGUGGAGGAGAAAGUUGAUUUCAACCAGCCUGUCUAUAGGCUGGUGUACGACGAGCGGAAGUGUUAUCCACCUGACGAGGUGAUCCAGAGGGCCCGAUCUAAGAUCAGGGACGAGACGUACCGAUACUCCUUAGUCUGGAAUAACUGUAAGCAUUUUGCUCAAUGGUGCAAACUGAAGUAGCUCACUGACAAUACGGUCUGGUUUGAAACUGCAGUUUCUAUAAUGAAAUUGAUUGGUAUGCUGGAUUGGUUGUUUGUGUCUUGAUCGGUUGGUGGAGUGCAGUUGACCGCACGUACGAUACGUUGCUGUUUGGAGAUACCUGAUUUGUGCAUGUUGGUGGAUCAGUAGGUAUAGGAUGUGUGAAUGUACAAUAUAGCCUGGCUCUCUUAUAUUGCCAAUAUCUUUCAACAUUAUUUAGUUCUGUUCUUAAGCGCACACUGUACCCCUUUUUUUCGUGGCUGCUUCGCGUUAGCUUACAACGUUAGAGUGUUUUAUAGAUGAGUGCCAUGCUGUUGCCCUUGAUAUGGUCCCCUUGAUAAAGGUAAGGAAAAAAAACAUGCGAAAUAUAGGUUGUCAGUGUCGGACACGCAUUGAUUUUUAUGUAAAUAGAUGAACUUACUUCAUAUAGAAAUUUAGUUUUUUUGUUGUUGAUGCGCAUAUAUAUUUUUGUUAUAUUUAAAGAAAAAUUGUGUUGCAUUAUUUUGACUCUUUAAUGUAAGUAUAUUAAUGUAAGUAUAUAUUGACAACAUCGGUCAGAGAAAAAAAACCCGAUGACUCACAUGUAGUCAUGUGCCCAUUUACAGUAAGGACCGGAUUUUAUAGUAUACAGAUUUCAUUGCACAUCGGUAUUUGUAUGUUAGGGUGAAACAUGGAUUUCAAAAUUUAAAUGGUGCAAGCAUUUUCUACAGCAAUAACAUAAACGAAAUAGAAUAUGCAGAUUUCUCUAUAAUGUUGACAGUAUUAAUUGUGCCUGCGUGUACAUUGCAUCUUUUUCAGUCUUUGACACUGAUGUACCUUUGAACGUUUUCGUUUUUAUCCCAGCUUUAUGUAAAAUUUAAUGUUUAGACAAUAGGGACAAUGAAAAGUAGGCCUAAGGACAAGAUUUGACAUUGGACAUUGCUUUUCAAAUCCGACGAUUACUAACACCUUAUUACAGAAUAGUACUCUGUUCGUAUUUUGGGCACAGGUGGACAUUAAUGCCAGUUUUAUUUUUGGGGUGUCAG